AUGGUUGAGCAAUCGCCGCCGGAGGUCACACCAGCUGCCUAUAUCCAACGCUGGCAAACCGAUUGUGAUCUGACCAGAGACGCCAUCCACAUCGACGGCCUGUCAAUGACCCUUACAGAUGUCAUGGUGCGCUACGACAGCGCCGAUGGCAGCACCGCCAAUUAUGUAUUGCGGCCGGAAAGCCCUACUCUGAACAUCGCCACGGACAUCCCAAGCACCCUGUCUUACCUGUGGAUUGGUGUUGAACAUCUUCUGUUUGGCCUUGACCACGUUCUGUUUGUGAUCGGCCUCGUGCUGUUCAUUCGAGCACCCUGGCCACUGCUUAAAACGGUCACAGCGUUCACUGUCGCCCAUUCAAUCACUCUGGCACUGUCGGUUCUGGGCUGGGUCAGGCUUGAGCAGGGCCCCAUUGAAGCUAUCAUUGCGCUGUCCAUAUUGUUUCUUGCCCGUGAGUUAGUACAACCGCCCGAACAACGCUCCCGUCUGACUAUGGCAAACCCGUGGAUCAUGGCCUUCGUUUUUGGACUGCUGCACGGUCUGGGCUUCGCCGGUGCACUCAGUGAUGUUGGUUUACCCGACGACGAUCUGUGGCUGGCCCUGCUGCUGUUCAAUGUUGGCCUGGAAAUGGGGCAACUGAUGAUCAUCGUGAUUGUGAUGACCUGUAUCUGGUUUGCGCGACGCUUUACUGCAUUACCCAUGGUCAUCCGCGGAAUCUUUAUGCCACUAAAAUACAUUUUCGCCAUUGGCCUGAUCGGCCUGCUGAUCAACGGCUGCAGUGAGCAACAAGCUGCCGCACCAGAGGCUGCGCCACAAGCGCCUGCUGAUUUCACCAAUGCCUUUCGCCAGGCGCUGGAAACGGCACAACCCGGCGACGUGAUUGAAGUACCAGCGGGGACUUACACGUUCAAGCGCUCGCUGGUAUUGAAUACCGAUAACGUGACAAUUCGCGGCGCAGGUAUGGAUCAAUCGAUAUUGAGUUUCAAAGGGCAGAUCGCAGGCGCGGAAGGCUUAUCCGUCAGCGCCAGCAAUUUUGUCAUAGAAGACCUGGCCAUCGAAGAUACGGUGGGCGAUGCAUUGAAAGUCAACGAAGGCAACAACAUCACCAUUCGCCGUGUGCGCACAGAAUGGACCAACGGUCCUGACGUUAACAAUGGUGCCUACGGCAUCUAUCCGGUACAGACGACCAAUGUGCUGGUUGAAGGAAAUGUGGCUAUAGCGGCGUCAGACGCGGGUAUCUAUGUAGGUCAGUCCCAGAACGUGGUGGUCCGUAAUAAUCGAGCUGAAUACAACGUCGCGGGUAUUGAAAUAGAAAACACCAUUGGCGCCGAUGUUUAUAACAACGUUGCCACCAACAAUACAGGUGGCAUUUUGGUAUUCAACAUGCCACAAAUUCCCCAACGCGGUCAUUCAACCAGGGUUUACAAAAACGAGGUGCAUAACAACAACACCGCCAAUUUUGCAGCGCCGGGCACGGCGGUUUCCGGUGUUCCUGCCGGCUCUGGUGUAAUCAUUAAUUCCAAUGACAAAGUGGAAAUUUUUGAUAACAACAUCACCAACAACAAUACCGCCAACAUUGUGAUCUCCAGCUACUUCAGUGCCAAUUACGCAGGACAACGCGAUCUGGCAGAAAACUUUGACCCCUAUCCGGAAGACAUCUUCAUUUAUGGCAACCUGUUUGAAGGCGGCGGGCAAGCGCCGGGCAGCAGUUACUUAACCGAAGUCAAAGACGCGGUGUACGGCUCUGAUGGCGAAUUUCCGGACAUCAUCUGGGACGGCAUCAUCAGCCCAACGCUGGCAGAAGGACAGGCUGUCAUCUGCGUGCAGAACGGUGAUGCGGAACUGUUGAAUAUCGAUGCGGCUAAUGAAUUUGCUAAUCCAAACGUUAAUAUGGGCAACCACGAUUGCACCGUAGAUAAAUUUUGCAGCGAGCAACCGGGUGUCAGUUUCUUUACCGCGGACCAAUAUCCGGACAAUCUGUCCGCCUGGGGUUUGCUAAACAAACAGGCAAACGCGCUGGUCCCCGCUGAAGAUACGCACAUCUAUGACCUGAACACCCCACUGUUCACAGACUACGCGCUGAAACUUCGCACCCUGUACGUUCCACCGACCCGCACCGCACAGUUUGAACCGUUUGACGCCUUUGUCCUGCCGGUGGGCAGCAUUAUCAGUAAAACCUUUUUCUACCAGCACAACGGCGACGGCGCGCUGAUCCUAGAUGCCGGUUGGGACGGCAAUCCCGCAAGCCUGCAGAUGGAUAAGACCCUGCUGCUGGAAACCCGACUGUUGGUGAAGCAGAGUAAUGGCUGGGAUGCCCUGCCCUACAUCUGGCGCGGCGACGACGCCUACCUUUCGAUCACCGGCGACCUGCAGACGUUGUCUACCAGCAAAGGUGAGGUACUGAACUACCUGGUGCCCAGCCGCAACCAAUGUGCUGGAUGCCAUGCCACAGACCAUACUGCAGGUGAUAUCCAACCGAUUGGGAUCAAAGCCCGCCACCUGAAUCGUGUAGAUCCAAUCCAUGGUAUCAAUCAGCUCACCGCGUGGCAGGCAAGGGGUAAUCUGGAGGGCAUGCCGUCCUUAGAUGCGGUGUUUGCCAAUGCUGAUAUGAACUCGCAGCAGGCAGAUCUGGAUCACCGCGCGCGAAGUUACCUGGACAUCAACUGCGGACAUUGUCACAACGCAUCAGGUGCAGCAGACACCUCCGGGUUGCUACUCGACUACGCAGAUCACGAUUUGAAGACUAUGGGACAGUGCAAACCUCCAAUAGCUGCGGGUCGAGGCUCUGGCGGACACCUUUACAGUAUUGUGCCGGGCGCGGCUGACGCAUCCAUUCUGACUUAUCGGAUGAACACCACAGACCCAGGCACAAUGAUGCCGGAAUUAGGGCGCACACUGGUUCACGCUGAAGGCCACGCAUUAAUUGCGCAAUGGAUAGAUGCUAUGGACGGGGUCUGCCUGUAG